AUGUCAUUUGAAAUAACGUUCUUGGGCGCCAGUGGCGGUCCACUAGAAGGAAACACAUGCUCACUACUACUUAAAUCAACUGAGAUUAGCUAUCCAGAGUUAUUAGAGUUGGAAACUGAUGUAGACAGCAAUCCACAUACGUACAAGUCUAACACUGAAGAAUUAUUAUGUAUUGAUGCCGGAUCAGGUAUGGGCAAACUCACGGAGAUUAUAUACCAGGAGAGCAAGUUUCAUAAAUCGGCAUGCAACUUGUUGAACUAUUAUUUCGAUUCUGAACCGAUUGACUACUAUUACCACAAAGGUGUAAAACGUAUUGAGCCCUUUGUCAAUUUCAACGAAUACAAUACCAUCACGUAUGCUAAGCUAUUGUUUAACAAGUUGAACAAUUUCCUAAUAACGCAUCCUCAUUUGGAUCACGUUUCUUCGUUGGUUAUCAAUUCUGCUGGCUUUACAGCAAAUAAUCCACCCAAGCAAGUUUUUGGAUCGAAAUACACAAUCAGAUCGCUUCAGCAACAUUACUUCAAUGGGAUAGUGUGGCCGAAUAUGCCGAGUUUUGAUAUUCUUGAGUUGACGCAGUUGGAGUUUGAAGGGGCGUAUAAAAUUGGGGAUUACACUGUUCGAAUGUUUCCAUUAAGUCAUGGUGAGUUAAACAUGAUUGAAAGUAAGAAAGCAGGGAGACACUCAAGUAUUACCACGAUCCCUGCAGGUGUUAACGAAACACAUUAUACAAAGUCACCAACUGAUCGAAGAAGUUCUGAUCCUGAUGUGCAUCAUUACCAAUCGACGUCAUUCUUGAUCUCAAGAAACGAUGCGUAUUUACUUGUAUUUGGCGAUUUUGAAAGUGACAUGGUUAGUAAACUUCAACGGAAUCAAAACAUUUGGAAACACGUAGCACCAAUAGUAUUGCAGCGUAAAUUGAAAGGUGUGGUUUUAGAAUGUUCAAAUGCUCGAGAAACUGAUCCAAAUAAAUUGUAUGGUCAUUUGACUCCAAAACAUGUGAUUUAUGAACUUAACCAGUUGGAGCAGGAAUGUAAGAAGCUAGGAGGUGGUGGCCUGUCAUUGAAGGGGCUCAACGUUAUAAUUAAUCAUGUUAAAGAGCCAAUACUAUCCAAUAUUCGUGAUGUUACUGAUCCACGAAAACGCAUAUUAACGGAUUUAAAUAGGUACAACGAAGAAGAAGGUUUAGGGUGUCAUAUAUCAAUCGCAUUAAGUGGAACUACUAUAGUGUUGUAA